AUGUUUCCCUUUACAUUCAAGAUAUCCGUCCCAGGCAUAGUCAAUCCAUUUUCUGCUCAGAACGGCGCUCCACCAUCUUCCAAUGUCUUUGCUCCUGGUCAGCCGAAUCAAGUUCCAGACAUAGCAGCGAGUAUCAACAACAGAAAGAGCGUCCGUAGACAGCGCCCACCGACAGGGUCGACAUCGCCGGUUCCUCAAGUACUGCGGAAGAGAGGAUGGGAACCCUCUUUUGCCGAGCCGAGCCUCUCUACCACCACUCUGGCAUCAUCAAGCGGAUAUCUUGACACUCCUUCAAAGUACCGAGACAUGGCAGAAGAUGAGUUUCAUGAAAUUGAAGCGAUGGCCGCAGGUGUGUUACCCUUUAUCCUCCAGUUCAGUCUGGCUCUGUUUCAUUGCAUGUGCUUGCCUUGCCGCAAUCAAGGGCUGACUCUAGUCCAGCUUCUGGCCCAUGCCACAUCGUGCCGUGCGCUAAUGCCCUCUUUUGUUUUUGUUAUCCAUGUAGAACUUCCACCGCCUGCAAAACGUCGUCGCGGCCUUGCUGGCACCAUUGUCUCGACUGCUCUCAGUGCUGCAUUGAUAGGAACCGCUGUGGGAAUCACUGUCUAUCGAUUGUGGCGAGAUCGCGGCAAGGAGACAGCACGACUACUACAACCACCUCCCCCUUAUCAAGAAGGCGAAUGGUCUGCACCAGAAGCACCUGUGGAAGAACCCAAGGCCCUCAACGUCAUUCCUUCCACUCCGCGCCGUAAACGGCAUACAGUCGGCUCCAUCAAACGGACACAUAGCCUUCGUCGAACACCGCUACGGGCCAGCGCAUACUCAUCUCCUCCAUCACAACCCGCUCCUUUCUUCCCUUCUACUUCACAUCGUCCUACUCCGGAAGACAGUGUAGAGGAUCAGAUCGAUUGGAUUGGCGACAAGCUUACCAUGCUCAUUGAGGAGGGAAAAAAGGCACUUGGGCGAGAGGUUGUCGUUAUGAGCGAAGACCCAGCGGACGAAGUGGAUGAUGGCAAUGACGACUGGGAAGAAGACGAUGUCCCACGUACAUCACGAAGAUCUGCCUCUCCACGGAAACGGCGGCCCCACGACAUCUUCGCACCUCCGUCAUACUCAUCAGCCCCCCCCUCUGCAUCUCCUCGUACCACUCGAUUUGACCUCGGUUCGCAGCCAAUCCCGAUCGCUGGGUCAAAUUCUCGAUCAAAAGACGGUGCCGAGUUCAUGUCGACUCCAAGUAGCUUCAAGUUUGGUGACGACCCUCAAGUGUCAGAGAGUCCACUGCUUAGGGAGUCCAUGGAGCAAGCUCGAGCGCGAGUCCUGAGAAAUCGGGGACUGUAG